CGCAGUCUAGUUGCGAAUUGGAACUCCCACGUAUCCAGGUACCUAUCCACGCAAAAAAAAACCCAAUUCUUAUGACGAGAUUUUUCUAGGGUUUAUUUUAGGAUAAUUUCUCAGUGAUAUUUUUUCUGGGAUUUUUCAUUUUCGUAUAAAUUUUCCGGGGAAAUGUCAUCGCUGGGAACUUCGAAGGGAAUUCUGGAGAUCGCCAAGUUCGGCCUCUACGUUACUAUUCCGAUCGUUCUCAUGUACACUUUCGCCAACAACAGAGAAAAUCUCCAGAAAUUCAUGGGAAAUCGUUCUUAUGUAGUGUAUCCUCCAGAGGCACCAAGACCUCCUUCGCCGGAGGAGCUAAGGGAGAUGGCACGUGAACUAGCUCGCAAGAGAAAUGAACGUUGAUGCUUUGCUGGUGUUGCACUGGCUUGUGGCUACUGUAGUUAUGCAGUUGUAUUUAUAUUAGUAAAAAAGUCAACAUAUAUACGAUGUAAGUUAUGUUUACUAAGGGUGUGUUUGGAGUAAGGAUUCGUGUCAUAAUUCGGAUCAUGGUUCGUGGUUCACUACAGUAUUUUCUCUCAUAAAAAACACACGUAAACCGAUAAUGGUUCUGAAUCCAUGAACCAUAAGAAAGAAUGGCAGAUUUGUUUGAUUCAAAUAAUGUCACAUCUUGGAGUUUUUUCCCA